UACCAAAGAGAGCUUGCCAAACUCCAAAUCCCAGAAUGCCAUAGCAUUGAGCUAUGGCAGGGAGAGUGGCGUCGAACUGUAUUCAGUCUAUAGUGGAGGGAGCUAAAAAAUACUCUUUUUUUCGCAGGCUUGCAAGCGCUGCCUCCGAGUCUCCUGGCAGGUCGGGGAAGCGCCUGGCCCCGCCUCAAACGCGAACAAGUCCCGACGGAGCCACUCGGCUGAAACUGCGGAAAGAAGCGGUCGCUGUGCGGCUCGUUCCCAUUAUUCAUCGGGCUCAGGUGAAGGCUUUGUGAAAGCAAACAAAAAGCCGCCGCCGCCCCCAGGUGUUGGGCACAGCACAUCCAUUUCUCAGGACUUGGAAAGAAGUUUCACCAAGGAGGCGCUGCAGGGAGCGAGUUGCUUUCCAGAGGUGUGUUUGUGGGGAAAAGCAGCGCUGAAAUCUCUUCCGAGGACUAUGAGCACGCCAGGACUCCCGUGGCUUCUUCUCCUUCUCCUUCUCCUUCUCAGCCAAGGUAUCCUUCAGAACUGCUGUGAAGCCUACAAUGUUGGACUCCAAGGAGCAAAAGUAUUUUCCGGCCCCUCGAGUGAGCAAUUUGGAUAUAAUGUUCAACAGCUUUUAAAUGAAGAAGGCAAAUGGCUGCUGGUUGGUUCUCCCUGGAGUGGCUACCCAAGAAAUAGAAUGGGUGACGUUUAUAAGUGUGCUCUUAGUCAGCAAGGAACCAAAUGUUCAAAGAUGAAUUUGCAAACUUUUGCAAGUAUCCCAAAUGUCACAGAGAUAAAGAAGGACAUGAACCUAGGAUUAACUCUAGUAAGAAACUCAGUAACUGGAGGAUUUUUGACAUGUGGUCCUUUGUGGGCACAGCAGUGUGGCAGCCAGUACUAUGCAACAGGGAUCUGUUCUGAGUUCAGUCCAAGCCUCCAACUCAUGAGAAGUUUUUCACCAGCUGUACAAAAAUGCUCUUCAGCUGUUGAUGUCGUGGUGGUAUGUGAUGAGUCAAAUAGUAUUUACCCUUGGGAUGCUGUCAAGGCAUUUUUGAAAAAGUUUGUCCAAGGUUUAGAUAUAGGCCCCACCAAAACUCAGGUAGGUUUAAUUCAAUAUGGUAAUAAUCCAAGAGAAGUAUUCAACUUGAAUACAUAUACAAAUAAAGAAGAUGCUGUCCAAGCAAUGUCAGAGACCUAUCAGAAUGGAGGAGAAUAUACAAAUACAUUCAGAGCAAUCGAGUAUGCCAGGCGUUAUGCUUUCUCUAAAGAAUCUGGUGGGCGACCCUCAGCCUCCAAAGUCAUGGUUGUUGUGACAGAUGGUGAAUCACAUGAUGGUUCGAAAUUGCAGGAAGUGAUAGCAAAAUGCAACGAGGAUAAUAUCACUAGAUUUGGUAUAGCAGUAUUAGGAUAUUUAAUCAGGAAUGAGUUGGACACUAAAAACUUAAUCAAAGAAAUUAAAGGGAUAGCAAGUCUGCCCACAUCAAAAUAUUUCUUUAAUGUGUCAUCUGAGGCUGCACUUCUAGAAGAGGCAGGAACACUGGGAGAGCGACUUUUCAGCAUAGAAGGCACUGACCAAGGUGAUUUAUUUCAGCUGGAAAUGUCACAAGUGGGUUUCAGUGCUUCUUAUUCACAGCAAAAGGAAGUUCUCAUGUUAGGUGCUGUUGGGGCUUAUGAAUGGACUGGGACUGUGAUCCAGGAGUCAGAAAAACAAGCUACUGUAUUUCCCAAUGAUGCAUUUGAAAAGGUUUUGCAAGAUAGAAAUCAGAGCUCUUAUCUAGGUUAUUCUGUUGCUGUUUUGACAAUGAAAAAUACUGUCUAUUUUGUGGCUGGUGCUCCACGAUCCAACUAUACUGGAAGAGUAGUGGUUUAUCAGGUGGAUGGCCGUGGCAAUAUAAGUAUUAUUCAUUCUCAAAGAGGAGAGCAGAUUGGCUCCUACUUUGGCAGUGUAAUAUGCUCAGUAGAUGUUAAUGGAGACUCCAUAACAGAUGUGCUGUUGGUUAGUGCACCAAUGUUCAUGAAUGAUUUUAAAAAAGAAGAAGGAAAAGUCUACAUGUUUGCUGUCAAAAAUGGGAUCUUAGACAAGCGAGAAAUUCUAGAAGGCCCUGAAGGAUUAGAAAAUACUCGAUAUGGAUCGGCUAUCACUGCUAUUUCAGAUCUUGACCUGGAUGGUUUUAAUGAUGUAAUAGUUGGGGCACCAUUAGAAAGCCAGAAUGCUGGUGCUAUCUACAUCUAUAAUGGUAAACAAAGAACAAUACAGACUAGGUAUUCUCAAAAAAUUUCUGGAUCAGACCCUGCUUUUGGGAAGCAACUGAGAUAUUUUGGCAGAUCAAUAGAUGGCCGCAGUGACUUAAAUGGCGAUGGGAUAACUGAUGUCUCUGUGGGUUCUGAUGGAAAUGUGAUUCAACUAUGGUCUCAGAGUAUAGCAAAAGUUUCUAUGCAUAUCUCAUCUACACCAAAGAAGAUCAGCUUGCUAAAUAAAAAUACAGAGGUGAUUCUCCAGAUAUGCUUCACUGCAACCUUUAGACCUGCCAAUGGGAAUAAUCAAGUGGAUAUCAGAUACAACCUGACAUUGGAUGCUGAUCUCUUGUCCUCUCGGGUGACCUCUAGAGGCUUAUUUAAAGAAAACAAUGAGAGAUACCUGCAGGAUAAUAUCAUAGUCCGCCCCAUGGAGAACUGUGUGGAGCACAUUUUUAAUGUCCAGGAGCCAUCUGAUGCGGUCGACUCGCUUAGUGUACGUGUUGAUAUUAGGCUCAAGAAUCCUGGUUCAAGUCCUGUUCUUGAUAAGACGUCUCCUGCAUCUGUAACUUAUGCUAUACCAUUUGUUAAAGAUUGUGGUGGGGAUGAAGUUUGUAUUGCUGACCUUGUUCUUGAUGUUCAACAGAAAACAAAUAAUGGCAAACAGCCUGUUAUUAUCAACAGUAAGAACAAAAGAUUGAUAUUCGGUGUGAAACUGAGAAAUAAAAAAGAAAACGCAUACAACACCAGAAUUCAAAUGGUCUUUUCCGGAAACUUGUUUUUUGCUUCAUCUUCUUCACCUGUUGAUGGAACUGAUGUUUCAUGUCAGAUGAGUACAGUCCAGCAGUUUGUUGUUUGCCAGAUCAGCUAUCCUGUUUUCAAAGAAGCACAGCAGGUGUCUUUUGACAUCAGUUUUGACUUUAAUUUGAAAAGUCUUCAGAAUCUGGCAGUAUUGAGUUUUCAAGCUUUGAGUGCAAGUAAUGAAGAAGAUGAUACAAACAAUCAAGUCAACCUGACAGUCCCUCUUCGGUAUGAUGCAGAACUCCACUUGACAAGGUUUACUAGUAUGAAUUUCUAUGAAGUAUAUUCUGAUUAUAAUGUUCCUUCUAUGGUGAACAAUUUUGAUGAAAUUGGACCUGCAUUCAAUUUUUCUAUUAAGGUUACAACAGGAAGUAUUCCAGUCAACAUGGCAUCUUUAAAAAUCCAUAUUCCAAAACAGACUGAAGAGGACAAUCCCUUGAUGUAUGUGACUGCAGUACAUGCCAGUCAGGAUGGUGACCUCAGUUGUGAAGCACAGAUAAAUCCAUAUAAUAUAGGACAACAAGGUUAUGCUGUGUCAUUUAAAAAGGAAAACUUCAAAACGAUGAAAGAAUUGAACUGCAAGAAUGUCAGAUGUGACACAAUUACAUGCAAAUUAAAAGAUAUCACGCUGAAGGCUGAAUAUUAUGUUAAUGUUUCUGCCAGAAUCUGGAAUGGGACAUUUGCAGCUUCAAACUUCCAGAGGAUACAGCUAACUGCAUUUGCAGAAAUUGACGCCCAUAAUUCAGCUCUGUUUGUGACUGGCAAAAACACUUUAUCAAUCCCAGUCACAAUAAUAAAUCCUGAUGAAAAAGCAGAAGUGCCCAUUGGAGUUGUGAUAGGAAGUGUCCUUGUGGGUCUGCUUUUGCUAGUAGCUCUCAUUGCUGCUUUAUGGAAACUUGGUUUCUUCAAGAGGAAAUAUGAAAAGAUGGGAAAGGAUGUGGAAGAUGUAGAUGAAACUUUGGAACUCACUAAGGACUGAAUACAGCCGAGAUUGUCCUCAUCUACCAGCCCUGAGCCACAAGCAAUGCUUGCAACCACACUGGUUCAACUAUUUGGGAGUGCCUUACAGAUUAUUGUGCUGUUUCACUCUAUUUCUCCUGUUUUUUUCCAUGAAAAUGUCUUAUCUGUUUUAUAGAUGAAAAUAUUUUUACAUGUACUAUUUUAUUUUAGUAAUGACUGCUGGUCGGUUUGGGGUUUUAUUUACAGGGUUUAAAGUAUUUUGUGUUGCUGUGUACUUUGGGAUUGCAUUAAUUUCUAUAGAUUAGGAGUACAAGCAUGUGGAUCCUUCUGAGUGUCAUGGCACUGCAGCUCCCAUAAUUCCUUGCCCUAGGUAAUGCUGAUGGAGGUGGGUAAGAGUUGCAAUUCAACCACUUCUGGGAGAACCAAUAAUAAUAAUAAUAAUAAUAACAACAACAACAACAACAACAACUAUUUUUCUAUCCCGCCUCCAUCUCCCCACAGGGACUCAUGGCGGCUAACACAGGGCCAAGCCCAAAGAAUAAAUAAUGAGCAAGGUAAAAUACAUAUAAAAACAGCAUCUUCAAAUAGAUUAAAAAAAACAUUAAACCAAGGUAAUACAGUAAAAGAAUAUUAACAAUAAAGAAUAUUAAGAAAUAAAAUGAUAACAUAAAAUGACCACCAUUUAGUAAUGAAGUGAAUAAAAUAGGAGGGCUGUCUAGGCAAAGGUGCAAAGAUAUGUAAUGUAAUGCCAUUUGGGAGCAUAAAUGGACAGAGUGCUAAACAUUCUUUAGGAGAAUUGGAGUGAAAUAGGAAUCAUGUUAUAUCUUGCACUAAUGCAAUAGGCUGUUUGAAUCAGCAGAAUCAAUAAUUAUUGAUCAGUGCCAGAAAUACUAUACUAUUUUCUCUCAUCGAUAACAAACCUGUUUCAAUAGGAGACCUUCACUAUCCACACACAACAUAUAUUUUCAUUUGGAAUGUACAAUCCAAAGAAUUGUUUGAAUUAUAGAAUGGGCAUAAAUGUGUCUAACGCACCACCAAUAGUCCACUUAUUGCCCUCCAUUUCUGAAUUGAACAUUUUAACAUUCCUCAUAAUUUACAACAGAGAUGGUCAACUGUAAUUCUCUAGAUGGGUUUGUGCUGCAUCUUUCAUAAUCCUUCACCAUUGACCAUGUUGGUUAGGGGUCAUGGGAGUUGAAGGCCAAAAAACAACUGGAGGACCACAGCUGUCUUCUGUGCCAAAAUAUACUGUGUCAUUAUAGAUUCUAUUCAGACAGGGGUUGUGAUUAGAACAUUAUUUUCCCCAUGUGUUUGAGCUUGUUAUGUGACUUUUCCUAUUGUAUUUGUGGCCUCAGUUGUGUGUGUAUUUCCAACCCCAGAAAUGAAAUCAUGCACUUGGUUCCACUUUGGAAACUUUUAUAUCUACAUAUUAGGGAACAGGUAGCCCUACCCAUCCCCUCUGGAGAUGAAAAGUGGGAAAAUAAGGAGCUAGAUCUCAGAGGUGAUUGGUGACAAGCCUCAAAGAUACAAUGCAACAUAUGGAGGGCCUUUUAGAUAUUCUAUGACUAUAUGAUAUGCACAGUAGCCCAUUGCUACCUAAGGGUAGCUGGAUUGAGGCCAUAUUCCAUAGAUACGUGCAGGAUAAAGUCUUGUGUGUUUGUUAUGAUGUCAGUUGGUUGCCACAUUAUGGAAAUCACUUUCCCUUUGGAUCAACUUUUGACUCAAACUGACUGAUUCCAUGUUAGACAAGCAUUAUGCCCAUCUCAAGCUUCUGCUUGCUCAAUAAGACAUUGGCCUUCAAAGACUCAAUAAGCAAGUAAGGUUCUAAUCACCAAUAGUUUUAUUGCACUUUUCAGCUAGCACAAAUGUACAGUUUUACAGCCAAUUUGAUGUUUCUACAGAGGUUUUAUAAUAUGCUCACUUUGAUAUUUUAAAAUGCCUUUUGAUAAUACAUGAUACCAUAAGGCAC